CGUUCAAUGGGUCUGAAUUUGACAUAAUGUGGAUUGAUUACCACCUUUCAAACAACAUGUGUGAAUAUGGUGGCAAAUUUCCAAACUGCCUAAUCUAGUUUGGAAUUUUUUUUUUCAUGCAUUGUAUGUCCCGAAUAUAUAUAUAUAGAACUUGAUCAACCAAAUUAAUCGAUAUCAUAUUCAUUCAUCUCAUUGGAAAUGCUGUUUCUGCCGAGUGAUAUAGCUUUAUCGGUCAAUCCUUUAGUUGUGUCAUGCGACUAUGGGUGCUGCUCGUGGCUGGAUAUUCUCCUGCCGUUAUAUAAUCCUUUUGAAAACUCUCCAAAUCCAUGCUUUGUUAUUUUGGUUACUACAAUCCCUCAAUUGAUAGUAGGGCUUUUUGCAUUGUACCAAUUAUACCAAGUUUUAUUUCACAAUACUUUCGGUCUAUACUCUAUUAAGUACUCCUUUGGCUCUUCUCUCUCAUGGAGAAGUGCAGGAGUAGCUAAUAUUGUUAAGUUUGUAUCUAUUGCAUUGCAAGCGAUAUUUUAUGCUUUCCUUUUAUCGGCCAAUUCUUUGUACGGAAGUACAUCCCAAAGUAUUGCACUUUCCUUGAUUUUAUUGGUAAUUUUGAUAUCCAUUUUACCCCUUCAUUUAGCUGAACCUACUAGAAGCUACACACCCCACGCUUCCUUGUUGAUAUUUUGGUCCAUCCAAUUUGUUUCUUGCUUAACUUGGGUCUUGACUGAUUCCUUCUCAAGUCAUACCGUAUUCCUUCGCUCAUCUACAACUUCACAGUCAUUGAGACAUUAUGCCGCGUGUUAUACUGUUGAAAUAUUGCUCACCAUAAAUUCCUUGGUGGUGGUUAUCUUGAGUAGCACAUGGUAUGUACCAACCCAAGAAUUGACUGAUUAUUUUGCUUUGAAUGAAUGGGAUACUACAAAUGCUCGUAAUAUAUUUACUGAUGUGUCCAUUUCAUGGGUAGAACCAAUUAUGAAGGAAGUGUACAAGACAAACAAAUUAAAUGAAGAUCAUGUACCUCCAUUACCCUUGGAAAUGACUUGUGACGUCACAUAUCCUCAAUUGCAAAAAUAUUGGAAGAAACAGGUACAUCUGAAAUUCCCAUCAUUGUUAAGUCCUAUAUAUAAAGCAAAUUGGUAUUUGGUUCUUGUCACAUUUCUUUUCAAUGUAUUUGAUGUGAUCAUUUCUGUUAUUCAACCAUUGUUGCUUCGACAAUUAUUGUUAUUCUACUCAAGAUCUACAGAAGGAAGUGGCCAUGAUAAUCAACCACCACCACCCAUAAUUAUUGGAAUCGCAAUUGUCUGCCUGAUGUUCUUGGUGGCAGUCGUUAAAUUUGUAUCGAUCAACAGAAUGUUUAUAUCACUUUUCAAUCUUAUUUUCAAUAUUCAGACAUCGCUCCUGUCCAUGGUUUAUGCAAAGUCUCUUCGUCUUUCUCCUGAAGCCCGUAAGGAAAAGUCAUCUGGUGAUAUCAUUAACCAUUUAGCUACAGAUGUGGCCACUAUUGAAGAAAUCACCGAUCUUUUAUCUGAUCUUAUCGUGAACCCUAUCCGUCUUGCGGUAUGUCUCUAUUCACUUCAUAAAAUCAUUGGUAAUGCUACUUGGGGUGGAUUUUUAGUUGCCCUUGUUUUGGUUCCUCUUUCCAGUAAAGUCAGUACUUCUAUUACUUCGCUUUACACUAAGAGUACUGAUUUUAAAGAUGAACGGAUUCAACUUACCAGCGAAAUUUUGACAUCUAUCAAGAGUAUUAAGCUUUAUUCAUGGGAGAAACCAAUGUUAGAACGUCUUGACGUAAUUAGAAAUGGAGGGGAGCUUAAAACCGAAAGUCAGAUUGGUGUUUUUAAUGCCUUUUCUACAUUUCUCUGGUCAUGUAUCCCAUUUUGUAUCUCAUGCGCUAGUUUUACCACUUAUAUUUACCUUUUUGAUAUUCCAUUGACUCCGGAUAAGAUUUUCCCAGCAAUGGCACUUUUCGACAUGUUAAGCGACCCAUUAUUGAUGCUUCCAAAUAUCAUAUCAAGUUUAGUAGAAGUCAGGGUUAGUUUGAAAAGAUUAACAAAAUUUUUCCUUCUUCCUGAGCUUGAAUCCCAUUUUGUUGAAAGAACUUAUGAACCAAUGAAGAUUGGAGAUGUAGCCAUUGAAUUGAAAAAUGCUUCAUUCAUUUGGAGUGCCAAAGGAAGCGCUACAGAAACUUCAAAUAGAGCCCUUUCUGACAUAUCUCUUACCGCCAAAAAGGGACGCCUUAACUGUAUUGUUGGGAGAGUUGGAAGUGGGAAGACAACACUUCUCAAAUCCAUCUUAGGAGAAGUUCCUCUUUUAAAAACCGAAGAUUCGAAACUAAAGGUGAAUGGAACGAUUGCAUACUGCUCACAAUCCCCAUGGAUUUUGAAUGCUUCUGUGAAAGAAAAUAUUCUUUUCGGUUGCCGUUACAAUAAAGCCUUCUAUGAGAAAACUAUUGAUGCCUGUGAACUUUUAAGUGAUUUUAAAUCAUUACCAGAUGGCGAUAAAACUGUAGUAGGUGAAAAGGGUAUUUCUUUAUCAGGAGGGCAGAAAGCUAGACUUUCAUUAGCUAGAGCUGUUUAUGCUAGAGCGGAUGUCUACCUUUUGGAUGAUGUAUUAUCCGCUGUGGAUGCUCAUGUCGGGAAGAAUAUAAUUAAAAAAGUUUUAGGUUCAAAUGGUAUCUUGAAUACUAAAGCGAAGAUCCUUGCUACAAAUUCUGUUAAUGUACUUUCAGAGGCCCAUGAAAUCAUAUAUUUGAACAAGGGCCGUAUCGAAGAACGUGGUACAUACGCAGAAGUUAUGGCUAAAGGAGAAGGUUUAGCUGAUUUGGUAAAUGAAUUUGGAAGAGCCGUAGGCGAAGAAAAAGAGAAGGAAAAUGAGAAGGACUCUGAUUUGGCGUCAGAAAGUCACUCAGUUGAAGGUCUGCAAUCAUCAGAUCAUUCUAUACAAGAAUUCCAUCCCGAGGGCUUGACAACCGAACCUCGAUCUAGAUCCAAUUCGAUCGGAACGGCUAGUAUUUUACCAUUUCUUCAUAAGCAUGAAGAUGAAGAUUUGGAAGAGGAACAGAUCAUUAUGAGAACAGGGAACAAUAAGGAGGUUUCAAAUACUGGUAGAGUGAAAAUGUCCGUCUAUUUGGAGUAUUUCCGUGCUUGCAACUACAAAUUUAUUUUCCUUUAUAUUGCAUUAAUGUCUGCCACCACUGGUACUGCAGUAAUUGGGAAGUAUAUCCUUAAGCAUUGGUCAGAGGUAAAUGAAAGUGCAGGUGUGAAUGUGAAACCAACCCAAUACUUAACAUAUUAUUUUAUUGCUGGUGUUCUUGGUGGUGCUUUCACCUUAAUUGGUGCAUUUAUAGUGUGGACUUGUUGUAUUAUCAGAGGUUCUAGAAUUUUCCAUGAUAAUAUGGCCCAGUCUGUUUUGAGGUCCCCAAUGUCUUUCUUUGAAACUACCCCUAUUGGGCGUAUCUUGAAUCGAUUCUCUGAAGAUAUCGGUCAAAUUGAUCUGCACUUGCCAUGGGUUAUUAUUGAUCUUCUCGAAGUAGUACUUAAUGGGAUUUCAAUUCUCUCAGUAAUUGUGAUCAAUGUUCCAGCUAUGGCUAUAGUAAUUUUGUGCUUGUUGGUUAUAUACAAUGAAAUCCGGAAGUUCUUCAUUCCAACCUCCAGAGAAUUAAAACGUCUUUUAAGUGCAAGAAAAAGCCCUGUCUUUUCUCAUAUUCAAGAAUCAGUUAAUGGGAUUGAAACAUUGAGAGCAUAUGAUCAAUUGGAAAGAUUUGACUUCAAGAAUAAGUUUAAUAUCGAUUCGAGAGUAGGGGCUAAUUACAUUUUGACGAUGUGCAAUAGGUGGUUAUCAAUGCGAUUGCAAUCAAUUUCAUCUAUUCUUUUAUUUUCAUCAGGUUUUCUUGUUAUUUUGAGUAUGGGGACGCGUUUUGAGCUCACUGCUGGUCUUGUCGGUUUCGUCAUGACUUAUGCAUUGAGUAUUACUAGUGUUUUAAAUGCUAUAGUUAGAAGAUGGGCAGAAGUAGAAUCGAGAACUGUUUCGAUCGAAAGACUUGUUGAAUAUUGUAAUUUACCAUCGGAAGCUGAAAUGAUUAUUGAAGAUGAGAGACCAGCUGCGGAUUGGCCAAAUCUUGGUACAAUUCAUUUCAAGAAUUAUAGUACUAAAUAUAGAGCUAAUUUGGAUCCGGUGCUUAAGGGAAUCAAUAUCGACAUUAAACCCAGUGAAAAGAUUGGUAUUGUUGGACGUACAGGUGCUGGUAAAUCAAGUCUUACAUUGGCAUUGUUCCGUAUCAUUGAAGCUACAGGUGGUCACAUCGAGAUUGAUGGAAUUGAUACUAGUAAGAUUGGACUUUAUGAUUUGAGACAUCAACUUAGUAUUAUCCCACAAGAUGCGCACACCAUUGAAGGAAGUAUUAGACAAAAUUUGGAUCCCUUUGACAACUAUUCUGAUGAGCAACUUUGGAAGGUUUUAGAAUUAUCACAUUUGAAAGAUCAUGUCUUAGAAAUGAAAUCAGAUGAAACUAAUACUGGGCUUUCAGCUCAAGUCUUUGAAGGUGGAUCAAAUCUUUCUCUGGGUCAAAAGCAACUUUUGUGUCUCGCGAGAGCUCUUCUUAACCCAUCCAAAGUAUUGAUAUUGGACGAGGCCACAGCAGCUGUCGAUGUUCAGACUGAUAAAAUCAUUCAAGAUACUAUCCGUCAACAAUUUAAGGAUAAGACUAUUUUAACAAUUGCUCAUCGACUUGACACCAUAAUGGACAGUGAUAGAGUUAUUGUCCUUGAUAAGGGAGAGGUAAAAGAAUUCGGACCUGUCGAAGAAUUACUUGCCAUUGAGCAAGGAAUCUUCAGACUGCUUUGUGAAGAAGGUGGAUACGUCAGCAAGGAAUAAAAGAAUUAUAAGAAAACAAACAUUUAAGGAUGUUACAAUCCACGGCAAUAGGGCCAAAAAAUAUAUACACAUAGAAAAAAACUAUUUACCA